AUGGCCCAUUUGGAGAAUGGUCCAGCUACCGGUGCCACCCAAUGUCUUAACAGUUUUCAGAAUGCAAGCGAGGAAACGGCUUUUGGCAUAAGAGAGAAUCCUCAUACUAGCAAAAUGCCCUCCGCUUUUCGUGCAGAAAUUCCAGUGAUGCAAAAUGUUGGUCAGAUAGCUUGUCCAAAGAGUGGGGCAGGUGCCGAUACUGACACUAAUCAGCAUGCAAGCAAAUGUGAAGACAUCAGUUUUGCGGCAAUGCAAUGCAACGUUGCCACUGUGAAGCCAACUGGUGUCGAACAAGAAACUGUAAUGAACGGUGCGUCUAGCCCUGAGUAUCUUCCUCAAGCAGACUUGGCCCCGUGCUACUUCAAAGCAAAUCCUGCGACAACAUCGCAGUGCCAAGGAGUAGAACAGCCUCCAGGCGGCACAUCUAAUACACCUGAUAUGAAAACGUGGCUGGAUGCUAUACUCGCGCAGGAAACACCAUUUCCUCAACAAGUAGCACCGCCCGCAACAAUCGAUGCUAAUUCGUAUUCAGCCGACAUAUCAACCCUUAAUUUUGAAAAUUUCGAGACAGACGUCUGCAACAAUACGAAGAACGAUUCAUUCCCUUCAGAGACGCUUGUUACGCCCCCGCCUAUCGAUGAAGAGAGUCUAGCGGCAACCAAUUGGUGUGUCAGAUUCAACGAAUCAGCUUCGAAUGAAGCAACACAAGGGACGAGCAAAGUACAGACACCGGAAACUGAAAAUGAACAUGAUCAGCAAAUCGACGAGUUCAUAAAAUUUUGUAAUGAUUGUAAUUGCCUGGUUUAG